GCCUGCGCGGGCGGCCGGCGUGCGCGUUUGGAAACUCCGUCAUAAAGCAGCGACCGGGCCUCGGGCGGCAGCAAUGGACGAUGAGGAGGAGACUUACCGGCUGUGGAAGAUCCGUAAAACCAUUAUGCAGCUUUGUCAUGAUCGUGGAUAUUUGGUGACACAAGAUGAAUUGGAUCAGACACUAGAAGAAUUUAGGGGUCAAUUUGGAGACAAGCCAAGUGAAGGGCGGCCACGACGUUCAGACCUGACCGUGCUUGUUGCUCAUAAUGAUGACCCCACUGAUCAGAUGUUUGUUUUCUUUCCAGAGGAGCCAAAAGUUGGGAUCAAAACCAUUAAAAUGUAUUGUCAACGCAUGCAGGAAGAAAAUAUUACCAGAGCCAUCAUUGUGGUACAACAAGGGAUGACCCCAUCUGCAAAGCAGUCUCUAGUUGACAUGGCUCCUAAGUAUAUCCUUGAGCAAUUCCUGCAACAGGAACUCCUGAUUAACAUUACAGAACAUGAACUUGUUCCAGAGCACAUAGUCAUGACCAAGGAGGAAGUUACAGAGCUGCUGGCACGAUACAAGUUAAAGGAGAGCCAAUUGCCAAGAAUACAAGCAGGUGAUCCUGUGGCACGAUACUUUGGAUUGAAGAGAGGACAGGUGGUUAAGAUUAUAAGACCUAGUGAAACUGCAGGAAGGUACAUUACCUACAGACUUGUGCAGUGAAACACAAUAAGACAAACCCCUCAUCUCUGGAAUCAAGCUAGUGAACCUCCUCUGAACUGCCUCUGAUGCAACCACUAAUUUCUUCAAGUAAAUGGGACAAAACUAUGCAAUUCUCCAGCUCAUCCAAGCUCUCCUGUCUUUAUUCUAUCAUACACCAGGUUAAUCUAAAACAAUGCAAAAUAAUUCACAAAUUUAAAAACAAACUAUGGAUGCUGGAAAUCAGUGACAAAAUCAGACAUUGCUGGAAAAACUCAGCAGUUCAAGUAGCACUUACGGAGAGAAAGGAGAGCUAAUGUUUUGGGUGCAGUGACCAGUUCCAGCAAUCUGAUUUUUAUUCAAAAUAAUUCUGGACUAACUUCGUAAAGCAUAAGACCUUCAGGAGAAGACCACCUCCAGGUUUGUGGAGCCUGUUUCACAAUUCAAUGAUGGCUGCUCCUCUACCUCCACUCCACUUUCCUGACUUAUUCUGUGAAUUCAAAAUCUUUCUAUCUCCGAAUUUAUUAGAAUUCAUUUGAUGGUGAAGCACUCUACUGUGGUGUAGCUCUAAGGCUCAGUCCCCUGUGAGUGAAAAAAAUCUCAACUCCAUCUUAAAUAACCAAGUCCUUAAUCUUAAAAAUAACAAAACCAGAUAAGCCAUAGUACUCAAACUUUUAUCUUACAUCCUUCAUGGGUACUUCCAUUUAGUAUGGAGCAAAGGCUUCAUAUUCCCUGUGCUAAAUGGAAGUUACUGUGUAUGACCCUAACUUUAGAAUUUGUCUUUGUGUUCUGUUAUGUUCAGCUAUAACAUCAAAGUUUCAGCAUACCCUAUUGGCUAAGUAGGCUACAAAACUCCUCUAUCAUCUUUAAAAUUGAAAAACUGAUUGCUCGUGGAAUGUAAUGUUAAGUACAUACAAGUUUUCCUAUAACGUGAUGAACAAGUCCAGACGGCUGAAUAAAUUCCUCUGACUUCUAAGGUUGCCUAUGACUGUGUUUAAAUUUUCAAAGUGCUACUUUUAUUUUAAUUACACAUGGUAAAAGGCAAUGAAAAACCAAGCCAACUAGUUCUUGUUGAUCAAAAAUCGAGGCAUUUUACUGUAUACUGACUUGGUUAAAAAUAUCAGCUUGAUUAAAAUGCCUUGAAUCCCAUGACAUAAUAUAUCCACUAGUAUGCGAGCAAUGGGAAGUUCAAAUUUUGAUUUGAAUUUCUGGUGAAGCAGUAACCUAGCUUGAUCUUCUGAGGGAGAUUUCUCAAAUUGAAAUUUCAGUAUCACUGUGAUGCAUUUGAUGGAUCUGAGCUCAGAAAAGACUUGAAAGAGGAAUGCAGUGAUUCCAUUUCAAAAGCUUUAUUGAUACUGCAUUUUUUUUUUUGAAACAAACAAACUUAUUAGUUAUUCCCAACUAGAAUUUUGAAUAUGACAGCUGGCAAUAGUACAGAAAUGAGAAAAUCCAUAGUAACUGAAGAAUUUAAUCUCUUGCCCACUGUCAAGGCUAUUGAGAUGCCAUUGAAAAAGAGAAUUCUUCAGUUGUGAUGGGCUUCUUUUUGUCUUGGGUAGUUUCUGUAGGACAACUGCUCAUUAUCCUUGUUCAAACAUGGCAAGUGUGAAAUUCUGCAUAGUCUGUAUUAAACUUCAUGACAUGUGGCAAACUUAAAACUAGUCCAAGUAACAGAUAUCAAAUAUAAAGGA